GUAUGGCGAUGGUAGAAAAAUAGCUGGCCUUUAUUUCCAUCCCCCGUCCCCUCCGUCUUUCUCAUCCCUCCCCCUCGCCAUUUCCAUCAACACGUUCUUUUUUUGUCGUUUUCUUCCAACACUUCUCACCGACCACUGGUCCUAUUGCGUCUCGGUUCUGCCGGACUGGAUUGAGGGCAUAGUUGACCCCCUCCCUUCGUUUUCUUUUCUUCCCUGCUUGCCGCAAUGGCCGGUCCUAAAUACAAGGACAAGGACGGCGGCGUUCUACUGACGUUUAAUGGUCAGUGGGUCAGCUGGCUGCACACAAUCAUUGCUUAUUCGGCCUUCAUCAGCGCGCUCAUCGUUGGCGUGUCCCUCCACUACCACAAGAUUGUCGAGAAUGAGUUCUACGGCUAUCCCCAGGAGUGGUUCCCCUCGGUUUCUGCGACAAUUGGCGAUCGAUACCCCGAGCGAUCCUUCUUCAUGAUCUUCAUUGCUAUCACUUCUGGUCCCCGAUUCGCCCUGGUUGGCCUCUUUUACUUGCUCACGCGCAAGCCCGGAUCUAAGCUUCCUGGCUUUGUCGCGACUAUGGGCUUCCUCCGCACUCUGACUUGCGGCGGCUGGACGUACAUCACCUCUACCGACGACCAUGACUGGCACGACAUCCUCAUGAUUUCCUACAUUGUGGCAACCAUUCCCUGGACCACUGGCUGCAUCGCUCUGAGCCCCGCCAACCCUACCGCUAUCAAGUACCGCAAGUACCUUGCAAGCGCCUUUUUCGGAACGCUGGUGCCGCUCAUUUACUUCUUCAUUCAGCACAAGGUCCACCGCGUGGCUGGAGCCUACACCAUUUACGCUUUCUUCGAGUGGGCGCUAAUUCUCUUCGACGUUGGUUUUGACGCCGUCACCGCCCUCGACUUUGACGCCUGCGAGAUUAGCAUCAAAGACACCAAGGGUAUUAGCAAGGGCGUUAGCCAAGCAGCCGUGCCCUCUGCCGUUUUGGAGAAGGAGAAGGAGGCUGCUGCUGCCGGCGGUGCCCUCUCUAUUCGAUUCACCUGGUCUGAGGCCUUUGACACUGCCGCUGAUGUCUACCAUGGCUUUGUCUUUUGGUCCAUGCUUACCUCUCUUGGUCUCCUCGUCUGGUUCUUCCCUCUCUGGCACAUGGGCAUUUCCGGCUACGAAGCCUUUGUCAUGUCCACCAUUUCUCCUCUCUUCUUGGGCUUUGGGCCUCUGCGCUCGUUUGUUGUACACAACCUGCGCCUCGUCCAUCUUCUGUCUCUUGCUGGUGUGGCCGCCUACCUUGUGCACGACCCUGUCCUUCGACUAUGCACCGUCGGUUUUGGUGUCUCCAUGUCCGCUCUCGGCUGGGCGGGUACACUUCACUCCGAGGCCGUCCACGUGGCGCGCUUUGAGAGUAAGGUCCUCGCUUUGAUUGUCGGUCUCAUCAUGUCGUCGACGGCCAAGUUUGCAUGGCACACCAACAACCCCAUCUGGCCCGUCAUGCACGCUGCCAAUGGCGGCUGGAACGGCACCGGUCUUGUCCUCGGUCUCAUUGCGGCGUUCCGCUUCGCCCGCCGCGCUCCUCUGACCGCCAACAGCGAAAUUGCUUCCGACGGCCCAGCUGGAUCGUCUCUGCUCGCCGCCCUGGGUCUUGGUGGUCUGUUCUUUGGUCUGCACUCCCUCUUGUCUGAUACUUCGACCAUGAUCCUCUGGGUCUGGGAAGGCUUUCCCAUCCGCGGCCCGUACUUUUCUACCCACGGCUGGUUCACCAUUGCUGCCAUGUCUGCUGGUGUCUUCAUCGGUCUUGCCAAGCCCAACGUUGCUGCCAGCUGGUCCUCGCUCUUUACUGGUACCGUCGGCGCCAUGGUCGUAACCUACUACAGCCAUUGGUUCGGCUACUACGGUGGUCUCCUAAUCGCCACGUACCUCUCGGCCGUCUCUGUUCCUCUCAUCAGCUCCGCCUGCCGAAAGAACCCUGGCGUCACCUUUGGUCUGGGAUUCUUGUUCUACAACUUUAUGGUUCUGUUCCAUGUCUGGGUUGUGGCGUAUGCCUUUGUCCCUGGUGGUCCUCUUGUCCGUGAGCACACUGACUGGGUUAUGAUAUCGAUGAUGGUCCUUCUGGGCUUUGGUGUGCUCGGAUACAACACCUCUACCAUCAAGUCGACUCCUCGCCGAUCGGGAGGUUCGCAGCACCGCAAGUACUUUGGUGCCGCCACUGCCAUUAUCAAUGUGCUGUUCCUGUGCAAUGCCUUUAUGCGCUUCCCCACCAACGACUACAAGCCGUACCACCCCGAAGACCGCGUGCUUACUGCGGGUAUCUGGACGAUUCACUUUUCCAUUGACAACGACAUGUGGUCGUCUGAGUACCGCAUGCGCGACCUGAUUAAGGAGCUGGAGGUGGAUGUGAUCGGCCUCUUGGAGUCUGACUUGCAGCGCAUCAUCAUGGGCAACCGUGAUACGACGCAGUUCUUGGCCGAGGAUUUGGGCAUGUACGUCGACUAUGGACCUGGCCCCGACAAGCACACAUGGGGUGCUGCUCUGCUGUCCAAGUUCCCGAUUGUGGAGUCGAAGCACCACCUGCUUCCCAGCCCUGUCGGCGAACUUGCCCCUGCGAUCCACGCCACGCUCGAUGUCUACGGCGAGCUGAUUGACGUGUUUGUCUUCCACUCUGGACAGGAGGAGGAUCCCGAGGAUCGCCGCCUGCAGUCGGAGUACCUAUCGAAGCUGAUGGGCUCUACGCCCCGCCCCGCCGUGUUGCUGAGCUACCUGGUGACGAAGCCUCUGGAGGGCAACUACAACACGUACGUGAGCGAGACGUCUGGUAUGCACGAUGUUGAUCCUUCGGACUGGGACCGCUGGUGCGAGUACAUCCUGUUUAAGCGCCUUAAGCGCGUUGGAUAUGCGCGCGUGAGUCGCAGCACGAUUACCGAUACGGAGCUGCAGGUGGCCAAGUUUGUGAUCCCCCAGUCAGCUGGCGAGAUUCAGCAGCUAGAGGCGCAGUCUGCCGACGAGCGCAACCGCCGCGUGGAGGAGCACUCGGUGCCCGUCGGCUGGCGCUUCCCGGCCAUGUUCCGAGGCGAGGGUGUGCGCGACCACCGAUACCAUGUGUUUAACGAGCCUCGCUACUACAACUAGGCCCUCUCAACUGCUUUUUAGAAGUAGGUGAUGUAGAAUACUAUGUAUUUUAAUACUGUAGUUGUCUUGAAUUAAAAUAAUGGAAAGUUGAAUAACCCUGUCU